AUGUCUCUUAUUCCUCCUAUUAGCAUUAUUACUGAGAAUAAAUUGAAUGGGGAUAGCUUUCGAGAAUGGAAACGGAACUUGCUAAUAGUUCUCAACUGUAAGAAACACAAAUUCGUCAUUGACGAACCUUGCCCACCUGAAGCUCAGCCUAAAGCAAGAAAUUGCUGGAGAGAUUCUGACUUGAUUGCUCGAUGUUAUAUGUUAGCGAGCAUGAGUAGUGUGUUGCAAAAGCAACAUGAGAAUUUUCAUACUGCCAAAGAGAUCAUGAAAAAAUUAGAGGAUAUGCUUGGAAGCCAAGUCACAUUGGCUCAACAAUCUGCUAUUACAAAUUUGAUGAACUCCGAGUAG